UAGUCGGUCUGAUUUCCUACCUAACAUCGCGUGUCACGACUUCAGGCGUCUCCUCCUCUCCACCCUCCCACCGGCUCGCCCUCCAGGCAUCCACCGUGCUCCUUCCAAGCUCCAUCUCGCCGCCGCCCGCCUUUCCCAACACGCCGCCGCCCGCCUUUCCCAACACGCCCAGCGGCCCCCUCUUGCAUCUCCCCUGAGCCGCCUUCCCCCGACGACGACACCAUUGGCGGCACGGCCGCGAGACGAUGAUUCAGAGCGGGCGACGGCGGUGACAUGGUCGAGUAGCGGCGCCGAGGACCAUGCCAGCGGCCGUAUCCGCGGUUAGUAGAGGGAGAUCGAAGAUGAGGAAUACGCAGCGGAAACCAUCUAUUCUCAACUUCGAUGCUGGAUGCGGAUCUUCCUUGUCUUUUAUUGUAAUAGGCUUGGUGGGAUGCACCCUCAUUGUCUGCCUAUUUUUCAUCAGCCAUCAAGUAAAAACUGGGCAUGCCCAUAGCUAUUCCAGCCAUCUGCCUGCCACCAGAGAAUUGGAAGAGGUUGAGGAAGAGCACUUUCGGUUGCCACCUCCUCAUAAGGUGAAUCCUCGUGCAGUGAAACGUGCAGUCAAACGUCGGGGAUCUACCAAGGCUUCAAAGAUCAUCGAUGAAUAUCUGGAUGGGUCCUCAGCAUUACACGACAUGUUCUUUCCUGGUGAAACAACUGCUGUGAACCCAACAAAAGGCAGAAAUGAUAGCAUGUACUUUUAUCCCGGUAGGGUGUGGCUGGACACCGAUGGAAAUGCCAUUCAAGCCCAUGGUGGUGGGAUUCUGUAUGAUCAGAAUACCGCGACAUAUUAUUGGUACGGAGAGAACAAAGAUGGGCCAACCUAUCAAAUUCACCCUGAAGGGGCACAACGGAUAGACAUUAUAGGGGUAAGCUGCUACUCCUCGAAGGACCUAUGGUCAUGGACUCACGAAGGAAUCGUGCUUCCUGGAGAGCGUACUAAUAUCACACACGACCUUCAUAUAUCAAAGGUUCUUGAGAGGCCUAAGGUGAUAUAUAACGACCGUACUCGGCAGUAUGUCAUGUGGAUGCACGUCGACGACGGCAACUACACUAAAGCAUCCGUCGGCGUGGCCGUCAGCAGAUCUCCCACAGGGCCUUUCAGCUACCUCUACAGUUUCCGGCCACAUGGAUUUGAUAGCAGGGACAUGACGAUCUUCAAAGACGACGACGGCAUGGCCUACCUCUUCUACGCUUCUCGCGGCAACACCGUGCUUCAUGUCAGUCCAUUGACAAAUGAUUAUCUUAACGUCACAUCGGCGAUGAGGAGGAUAUUGGUGAGACGGUUCAGGGAGGCUCCUGCCGUGUUCAAGCUCAGAGGAACCUACUACAUGAUCACCUCACGGUGCUCGGGUUGGGCUCCGAAUCCAGCACUGGCACACGCCACACACAAGAUCAUGGGGCCAUGGGAGACGCUAGGGAACCCGUGCGUCGGAGGCAACCACUUCCUCCGGCUGACAACGUUCCUGUCUCAGAGCACAUUCGUGCUCCCCCUCCCUGGCUUGCCCGGCACGUUCAUCUUCAUGGCAGACAGGUGGAACCCGUCGGAUUUGCGCGACUCCCGGUAUGUCUGGCUGCCCUUGUCCAUCGGAGGUUUGGCGGACGAGGCGUUGGACUACAGUUUCGGGUUCCCGUCGUGGUCGAGGGUGUCGAUUUACUGGCACAGGAAAUGGCGGCUCCCUGAAGGUUGGAGGAAGAGUUAUGCCUGAAUCCUACCAUGGGCAUGGCGACGGUUAUAUAUGACACAGCAUCAGUAGGUGGAAGCAAUCUGGGUGCAGAUACAGUGGUGAUUGUUCAGGAUCUUGCUUGAUGUAUCCAAGGAAUGCACUCUGAGACUAGAUGCUCUUUUUUUACGGUCAAUCUGAAAGUAGAUACAAUAUAGGAUAGAAUCAGCUCAUGAAAUUUCAGAAAUGCGUGGAAUUUUGCUGCGA